AUGGCCUCUGCAAUGCUGAAGUUAUUGAAAACUGAAUCUCAGUUCGUACUUCGUAGAAGUUACAGCAGUGCUGCUCCCACCACAAAGCUCUUUAUUGAUGGACAGUUUGUGGAGUCAAAGACUAACAACUGGAUUGAACUCACAAACCCAGCUACCAAUGAAGUUAUUGGCAGGGUACCUGAAGCCACUAAAGAUGAGUUGAACGCCGCCUUAGAGUCAGCCAAGAACGCUUACAAAUCAUGGAGCCAGAGCACUAUUAUGACCAGACAACAGCUGAUGUUCAGAUUCGCUCGUCUGUUGAGGGAGAACCAAAGUAAGCUCGCUGCUAAGAUCACAGAGGAACAAGGCAAGACUCUCGCUGAUGCUGAAGGAGACGUUCUCAGAGGCAUUCAGUCAGUGGAGAACAGCUGCAGCAUCACAACUCUUCAGUUAGGCGACUGCAUCCAAAACAUCGCUAAGGACAUGGACACACACAGCUACAAAGUGCCUCUGGGUGUUGUCGGAGGUGUCGCUGCCUUCAACUUCCCCGUGAUGAUUCCCUUGUGGAUGUUCCCUCCGGCACUCGCCACUGGCAACACCUGCAUCAUCAAGCCUUCGGAGCAGGACCCUGGCGCGACUGUCAUGAUGAUGGAGCUUCUUAACGAGGCUGGAGCUCCCCCUGGUGUUGUUAACGUAAUCCACGGUACCCACGACUCAGUAAACUUCAUCUGCGACCACCCCGACAUCAAGGCAGUCUCCUUCGUCGGUGGUGACGCCGCCGGCAAACAUAUCUACACUAGAGCUUCUGCUAACGGUAAGCGCGUACAAAGCAACAUGGGUGCGAAGAACCACGGCGUGAUAAUGCCGGACGCCAACAAGGAGCACACACUGAACCAACUGGCCGGGGCCGCCUUCGGAGCCGCUGGACAACGGUGCAUGGCUCUUAGUACUGCUGUAUUUGUUGGAGAGUCUAAGGAAUGGAUUCCAGACCUGGUUGCCCGCGCCAAGGCAUUGAAAGUAAACGCCGGACAUGUGCCAGCCACCGACGUCGGCCCCGUCAUCUCACCCAAGGCCAAGGAAAGGAUCCACAGGCUUAUUGAAUCAGGCGUGAAGGAGGGAGCUAAGCUGGCUCUCGAUGGCCGCGGCAUUGUAGUACCGGGCUUCGAAAAGGGUAACUUCGUUGGCCCAACCGUCAUCACAGACGUACAAACUAACAUGGAGUGCUACAAAGAAGAAAUCUUCGGACCUGUCAUCGUGUGCCUCUUCGUCGACACCUUAGACCAGGCAAUCCAAAUGAUCAACUCAAACCCCUACGGUAACGGCACAGCUAUCUUCACAACCAAUGGAGCCACCGCCAGAAAGUUCGCCAACGAAAUCGAUGUCGGCCAAGUUGGUGUAAAUGUUCCCAUUCCCGUACCUCUCUCCAUGUUCUCCUUCACCGGCUCCCGAGGCAGUUUCCUCGGCACCAACCAUUUCUGCGGCAAACAAGGCAUUGACUUCUUCACUGAACUGAAAACUGUCGUCUCUUUCUGGAGACAAAGCGAUGUUUCACACGCUAAGUCUGCAGUAGCCAUGCCCACACAACAGUAG